UGCAUAUUGGGGGGGGAAUGAAUGAAUGGAAAACAAUAUAUGAAAAGGAGGAGAAGCGACAACGACAAGAAGGCGGUAAUGUUGAAAGAAAAUAAAACAUUAUAAUGUUAUUGGCCGUUUUAUGCAUGCGCUUUAAGGUCGAAUAUAUAUUAUAUAUAUUGAAUUCAAAACAAAACUCGUGUAUACACUUUUCAAAUGUAUGAUUCCUCCCACCCCAUCAGGAUUCUAAACAAAAUCAAAACAAAACAACAACAACAACAAAAAUGAAACGACUUUGAAGCAAUGACAUUUUUGUUAUAUGAAAUAUGUGCAACCAUCUGGUGAUCAGAGUUUUCAUUUUAUAUUUUUUUUCACAAAAUUUGUCGAUCAAUUUUUGUUUGUAUCUCUACAAAAAAAAAUUCAUUGAUUGAUUGAUUGAAAAAUGAAAAAUUCCUGAUGACAACCAAACAAUAAUUUCAUCAAUUCAAGACAUCAAGGACAUUAUUCUGACUUCGAAUGAAUAAAUACAAUCGAAUUUCGAAUGUUUUUUUGCUGCUGCUGCUGUUGUUGUUCAUUAUAGACUUUUAACCAUCGAUAGUCAAUUGACAGAAUAAUCGAUUAUUGCAAUACUUAUCACUUUUUAUAUUUCGUUUUCUUUUCUGCCCACCAUUUCACCUGUGUGUGACAUGUGAUUCUUUUUUUUGUUUUUUUUAAUUUCUUAUUAAAUCCAUGAUUGCAAUUCGACAAUCAUUCAUCUCAUCAAUCAAAUUCAAUUCUCCUUAAACGAAUCUUAUUAUUGGGUGAAAUUUUUUUUUUUUUUUUUUUUGUAGAAAAAAAUGAUGAACAAAGUUAAUGGAAUCUAUAGUGUUUAUAUUAUAUCGAAAUCUGGUGGUUUAAUCUAUAAUUAUGAUGUUGAAUCAAAUUUUCCAUUGACUGAAGUGGAAAAAACAUUCAGUUUUCCAUUGGAUAUUAAAUUAGACUUUACUAAUCAAAGAUUGACCGUUAUGUUCGGUCAACGAGAUAAUAUUAAAGUUGGUUAUUCAUUAUUAGCAAUUAAUGGUGAUCCAAUCGUUGGCCGUAAAUAUAAAGAUCAAGAUAUUAUUAAUGAUUUUCUUGCAAAUGAAGAUAAUUUUCCUGUUAAUCUUAAAUUUGGAUGGCCACGUCUCAGUACGAAUGAAAAGAUUGUUAUGGCAUCAAUGUUUCAUUCAAUGUAUGCUAUAGCUGCAUUACAAAUUAUUCCUAGAAAAUCCAUUGGCAAUGAUAAUGUUCGUAGACAUUCCUGCACCGGUAUUGAAUAUAUGGAAACGAAUAAUUUUCGUCUCAGUUGUUUUCAAACAUUGACCGGCGUAAAAUUCUUGAUCAUAAGUGAUUUACGUGAAACAACGAAUAAGGAUUGGUUAUUGCGAAAAAUCUAUGAAUUAUAUUCGGAUUAUGCAUUGAAAAAUCCAUUCUACAAACUGGAUAUGCCAAUCCGUUGUGAAUUGUUCGAUUUGAAUAUAGCACAAUUGUUGGAACAAAAUGAUCGUAAUAUGGCUGGUAGUAGUGGUGAUUCAUCUUCCACAUCAGUAAAUCAUUUCUAAUUUAUCUAUACCGUUUUUUGUAAAUAUAA